CUUCAUACGAGGUAGUAUCGUUGGAAGCCCCUAGUGAUGGAACAGAAUUCAAUGCAUUCCGAAGUGAGUCCGCUUCUGUUCCGUCAAGAAAGCUCCACACUUGCGGAAAAGCGCCAUGGAAACGCGACGGAAAUAGAGACCGUUCUUAAUUUGAUGAAAACAUGUAUGGGAACUGGUUGUCUCGGUCUCGCCUUUGCUUGUCAGCAAGGGGGCAUUUUUUUGUAUUCAAUAGGUCUCCUAGUCAUUGGAGCUUGGAAUACCUAUGCGGUACAAAGACUAUGUGCCUGUCUGGAUUACAUCCCGGGAGAUUCCUUUUCUCUUUCAGGAAGUUGUCCCGAAGGUGUCGUAGAGGAUACACCACCGAUCCGGUCGAGAAACCCUCGACCAAAAGCACCGACACCACCGCCCUCUGGUACUUCUACACUGAGCGUCGUCGCAUGGCAUGCAUUUGGUCCAAUCGGCUUAGAAGUAUUGGACGCAAUGAUGAUCAUCUUACUUUUUGGUAUCAUUACUGCCUACGUCGCCGCCGUCAUAACAUUUUUAUCCGACACGCCAUUUUCGCUGGGACGCUGGAUGGACGCCACAAUCUCCGCAAUAUUAUUCGCUAUUAUUGCCAUGGUUCCUGAUAUGGGCCAUCUUUCCAACAAUUCCGCGAUUGGACUCUCGAUCCUCGCCUUUACCUUUCUUGUGAUUGCCGGAUACGGUGACAUGUCACAUGAUCACCAAGCGGUAUCUCACUUGCAUGGUUGGCCGCAGUCGUUGGCCGGCGCAUCGCAAUUUUUUGGAAUUUGCGUUUAUGGAUACGGCAUUGUACCGUUGACGUACAACUUUCGGUCCUCCAUGGCCCAACCCGAACGUAUGGUGCCGGCAACGAUGCUGGCGGUCCUACUCGUUGCGUCGGCUUACAUUUUUGUUGGGAUUGGUCUGUAUAUCUUGUAUCCUGAUUUGGAAGGGGAACUUUUACACGAACUGCCCCACUACGGUUUUCUUCCCGUACUGACGCGACUCGCCAUGGUAGUUGUUGUUUUCAUGACGGUUCCACUGCUGGUGGUACCGUGUGGGGAAUUGCUCGAAGGCAAGUUUCAAACGGACCGUCGCGGCCUUGUGCGGUUUUGUGUUUGUGGCAUUAGUGCCUUAUUGGCUACGUCUUUGCCAAGUUUUGUGCAAGUCUUGUCCUUGGUUGGCUGUGCCUGUGUUGGUAUGGUGGGUUUUGUACUACCGCCACUGUUGCAUAGUCGUCUUUUGUGGCUGUACCAAAGACGUCUUGGUCAAAAUCUUUGUUUCGGUGGCCACCAUUGUAGGUUUCUUGUUGUGGACGCGCUUUUGUUGACUUGGGGCGUGAUAGCAACCGUCAUCAGCACUGUCUAUACGCUACGAGAAGUCAACGCGGUAUAGAAUCAUGUCUACGGUACACUACUUUAUGCGCAAUUUUAUACAAAGUC